AUGCGCCUCUCGCACCCCCCGUCUCGGCUCUCCCCGCCCCCCGGGACAUCGGUGCACGACCUGCUCGUGUCGGGCGCGCGCGAUGGCGGGCCGGCUGGCGCCUCGGGAGCUGGCUCGGGGCACGGCGCAUCGUCGUCUGCCGGGCCGAGCACCGCGGCGAGCGCGGGCUCGUCGACGCCGUCUAAACGAAAAGAGGAGGAGCGGGUCCCAAAACGCGGCUACCGCGCUUGUGUCCACUGCCGACUGCGCAAGGCAAAGUGCGAUCUCGGCGACGUCAAUGCGCCAUCCGAGCCACCGUGUACGCGCUGCAGGCGCGAGCAGCGCAAUUGUGUCUUCUUGCCAAGUAAGCGCCGCAGAAAGGCAGCACAGGACGAUGAGCCAGAGAUCUACUCUGCUGGCGCCGAGGCCAACGGUGGUGGCAGUGGGGGUGCCGGAGGAGGCGGGGCAGCAGGAUUCCAAACACAACCAAUGCCCGCUUUCACCGCGACGGGCCUUAGCUCGCUCGCCGGCCCGAGCCAUGCCGCGGGUGCCAACGGCGGGGGAGGGCUAUCGCACGGACAUGGCGGCCAGGGCGCUCACGCGCACUCUCUCCCGCAUGGGCAGCUUCAUGGAAACCAUUUAGCCGGCGAGUGGGCUGCGCCGCGCCCCCAGAUGCCGGGCCAGGUCGACCUUCACCACUCUGGCGGCAGCAGCGGCGCCGGUGCGCACCAGCACCAGCACCACCACUCUGGAAACGACGGCUCGUCUCACGGCAUGGCAUCUUACCCGGCCGCUGGCACCGGCCCAAGCACCGGUGCCAGCGGUGCGAGUGGCAGUGCGGGCGGCUGGUCAUCUGACAACCUCGGCCUGUUCGACCACAAGCCGUCGCCCCUGUUCGACCCGCCGUCGACCAAGACCGUCUCCUCGAUCGGGUCCGUGUCCACCGAGUCGCCCAACCACCAGGGACGCAGGCGCCGGAAUCCGUCAGAGCCGGAUGCGACGCGCCGCAUCGUGGUCGCAAGCUUCAACAAUGAGACGGACGCGCUCGAGAUUCUCGCCAAUGCCGCCACUGAUGCCGAUGGUGAUUCGGGCCCCGAGAAGGGCGACGACAGCGCGGCGGCGAGGAACAAGCGCGUCGCGUGGGACGACGAACGGCCGCGCUCCAUCGCCGACUUUGUUCUCAUCAAGCGUGGUGUGCUCGACGAGGAGAGACUCGAGCAGUUGGUGGAGAUCUUCUUCCAGCACCACCACCCUGUGUUGCCCAUUGUGCAAACGGUUCGCAUCCCGCACACAAAGGAACAGCUCGCAAGUCUGUCCUACACCGACCCGUUCCUGCUUUGCUCCAUUGUGUGCGUCGCGUCCCACCACCACCCGGAUCUCGGCAUGAAGGAUAUCCAUGAGCGGACGUAUGCGCUCAUCCGCGAGACGAUCGCAGAUUACUCGUGCUCGGGCCUCCAGCCCAGCAUUGGCUUUGUCGAAGGCGUGCUCAUCCUCGCCGAGAACCUGCCCGCCGAGCGUCUGUCCUCCAAGUUUACGGAUAUGGCUGGGCCGACGCGCGAGACCCAUGGGCUCGGGCUCCACGGAACCGAGAACCGCCGCGCUUGGGCAUUGACAGGAACAGCCAUUCGAGCGGCGUACGGCCUGGGGUUGGACCGCCUCGCCCUCGAAGACGGCGAGCAAAAUGUCGACCUUGAGCGGGCACGUGGGGUCUGGACCUGGUGCUACCUUUACGAUCGAACGCUUGGGCUCCGCACGGGGCUGGCAUUCUGGAGUCGAGGCCCCGCAAUCUGUUUUAGCGGCUACUCGAGCAUAUCGCAGACGGGUGAGGCGGCAGCGGCGAUUCACUUCCCCUACAUGAUGAACCCGACCUCGGCGACCCCGGGCGAACCGCCGACUCUGGUCGACGUCAACGAGUCGGCAUCCAUGAUGCAGGCACAUCUCGAGCUCACCCAGAUCAUGACCAACGCGCAUGACAUCCUCUUCUCCACACCAUCGCGGACGUCGGCUCUGGUGCGCAAGGGCGAGUACUUCAAGUUCCUGGAGCACUUUAAGCGUGCCCUCGACUCGUUCACUGUCACCUGGAAAGACAAAUCGUGGCGCGUCGACAGCGUGCGCGAAUUGACUUGGUGCACAUAUCACUUUGUCCGGCUCUAUGUCUCGGCCUUUGCCUUCCAGGCACACGUGCAGCGAGCGCAGGAGCGCGCCGAGCAGGAGCGUGAACCUCGGGCAGGCGCCGUGUCCAUGUUUCCCCGAGGCUCGGCGACAAGCCCCGACGCGCUGUUCAUCUACGACUCGAUCGACUCGGCGCACGAGAUUCUGCACAUCUGCAUCCGACUCGCACAGUCGGGCGUGCUGCGCUACCUUCCUAGCCGGUACCUCAUCAACUUUGCAUACAGCGGCACGUUUGCCCUCAAGGCUGCGUACUCUGGGGCUGUGGGAAAGGGCGACGCAGCCAAGACUAUUGAGCUGGUUGACCGAGUUUGUGCAGCUCUUAUCCUCGCCAGCCCCGACAAGGACCACCCUGCGUGCCGCUACGGUCAGAUGCUGCGGCUCUUGUCCAAGCGACUGGCUGAGCUCAGUGAUGCGAGUGCUGUGCCCUCGCGAUUCCCCACGCCCGAACCUUCCACUGCGCCCGACAUGCCAGUGCUCCCCAUCCAGAUGAGUUCGCUGUCUGCACUCGCCAACGAGCAGAUGGCGCGUGAUACUGGAGAUGUCGUUGGUGGAGGCGGAGUCUUGGCUCAAGAUCCAGGCACCACCAACGGCGCAGCAGCCUUGUUUGACCUCACCCAAGUGCCUGCCAAUCUGUUUGAUGUCGAUGUCGACGUCGGCUUCAACCUCGACGGGUUCUGGGACGACUUUACCCUUACUGAUAGUGGUGGCUUCCCGUUCCGAUGAGCGCGGACAUGUGUCAGCAAGUAGUACUGGUGCGUGACUUUUGUCAUCGAUAACGUGGCGGCAUUGUUUUGUGACGACGGCUGGCGGCGGCGGCGGUGACGGAAUGAGGCGGUGUAGGCGUCGUUGUAAUAUCUGUCUGGGC